GAGUCGACAGCCAGACUGGAGAGCUCCCACAGAAACCAAGAGCGGGCGCCGCAGGCCGGGAGGAGGAGCGCCGAGCGGAGCGCUCGCUCGCCGGCUGCUACGAGCUUCUUCUUCGCGGACGCUGAGGCCGCCAUCUUAGAUGGCGGGAGUCAGAGCGCAGCGAACGUGAGGCGAUAAGUCUUCUCUGCCGCUCUCCUUACGUGGCCAGAGGGCCAGCUGGCCAAACUUUGGGGCACGUGCCCUGAGGCGUGUAGCGCGAGGGCGACGAUGCGGGAUCCUCCCGGGGCUCCGUCCCCAGGGUUGGGGACGCGCCGCCUGUAAGCGCCUCCCGCUCCCUCAGCGCCGCGGGAGCAGUGGGCGCGACGCCGCCACCGCCGCCGCCGCCGCCGCCGCCUCCAGGACCGGGCGGCCUGGCACCCUCAGGUGGGCUGCGUUGUGGGCCGGAGCCAGUCGGGGAACAUCUCAGCGGAUUUAAUUACUUCUUAAGCUGCAUCCAUGGAGCACAUACAGGGUGCUUGGAAGACGAUCAGCAAUGGUUUUGGACUUAAGGAUGCUGUGUUUGAUGGCUCCAGCUGCAUCUCCCCAACGAUUGUGCAGCAGUUUGGCUAUCAGCGCCGGGCCUCAGAUGAUGGCAAACUCACAGAGUCCUCGAAGACGAGCAGCACCAUCCGGGUUUUCUUGCCAAAUAAGCAGAGAACAGUGGUCAAUGUGCGGAAUGGGAUGAGCUUGCAUGACUGCCUUAUGAAAGCACUGAAGGUGAGGGGCCUACAACCAGAGUGCUGUGCAGUGUUCAGACUUCUCCAUGAGCACAAAGGUAAAAAAGCACGUUUAGAUUGGAAUACUGAUGCUGCCUCUUUGAUUGGAGAAGAACUUCAAGUAGAUUUCCUGGAUCAUGUUCCCCUCACAACACACAACUUUGCUCGGAAGACGUUCCUGAAGCUUGCCUUCUGUGAUAUCUGUCAGAAGUUCCUGCUAAAUGGGUUUCGAUGUCAGACUUGUGGCUACAAAUUUCACGAGCACUGUAGCACCAAAGUCCCUACUAUGUGUGUGGACUGGAGUAACAUCAGACAGCUCUUGUUGUUUCCAAAUUCCACUAUUGGUGACAGUGGGGUCCCAGCACUACCUUCUUUGACAAUGCGUCGGAUGCGAGAGUCUGUUUCCCGGAUGCCUGUUAGUUCCCAGCACAGGUAUUCCACACCGCACGCCUUUACCUUCAACUCCUCCAGCCCCUCCUCUGAAGGUUCCCUCUCCCAGAGACAGAGAUCAACAUCCACACCUAAUGUCCACAUGGUCAGCACAACGCUGCCUGUGGACAGCAGGAUGAUUGAGAGUAACAGCCUGAAUACUUCUCCCAGGGCGUGGUCCAGAGGAUUUUGUGUGAGGGGAAGAGAUGCAAUUCGAAGUCACAGCGAAUCAGCCUCCCCGUCAGCCUUGUCCAGCAGCCCCACCAACCUGAGCCCUACAGGCUGGUCACAGCCCAAAACCCCUGUGCCAGCACAAAGAGAACGUGCUCCAGGAACUGGUACACAGGAGAAGAACAAAAUUAGGCCUCGAGGACAGAGAGAUUCAAGUUAUUACUGGGAAAUAGAAGCCAGUGAAGUGAUGCUGUCCACUCGAAUUGGGUCAGGCUCCUUCGGAACUGUCUAUAAGGGCAAGUGGCAUGGAGAUGUGGCAGUGAAGAUCCUGAAAGUGGUAGACCCAACCCCAGAGCAGUUCCAGGCCUUCAGGAAUGAGGUGGCAGUGCUGCGCAAAACGCGGCAUGUGAACAUCUUGCUUUUCAUGGGAUACAUGACGAAGGACAACUUGGCUAUUGUAACACAGUGGUGUGAGGGCAGUAGCCUCUACAAACACCUGCAUGUCCAGGAGACCAAGUUCCAGAUGUUCCAACUGAUUGACAUCGCUCGACAGACAGCACAGGGAAUGGACUACUUGCAUGCGAAGAACAUUAUCCACCGGGACAUGAAAUCCAACAAUAUAUUUCUCCAUGAAGGCCUAACGGUGAAAAUCGGCGAUUUUGGUUUGGCAACUGUGAAGUCACGAUGGAGUGGCUCUCAGCAGGUGGAGCAGCCCACUGGCUCUGUGCUAUGGAUGGCCCCAGAAGUCAUUCGCAUGCAGGACAACAAUCCGUUCAGCUUUCAGUCUGAUGUCUACUCCUAUGGCAUUGUGCUAUAUGAGCUGAUGACGGGGGAACUCCCUUACUCCCACAUCAACAACCGUGACCAGAUCAUCUUUAUGGUGGGCCGAGGUUAUGCAUCACCAGACCUAAGCAAGCUCUACAAAAACUGCCCCAAGGCCAUGAAGCGGCUGGUGGCAGACUGUGUGAAGAAAGUGAAGGAGGAGCGGCCUCUCUUCCCUCAGAUCCUGUCUUCCAUUGAGCUGCUCCAGCACUCUCUGCCCAAGAUCAACCGGAGCGCAUCUGAGCCAUCCCUGCACCGGGCAGCACACACUGAGGACAUCAACGCAUGUACCCUGACCACAUCCCCGCGGCUGCCUGUGUUCUAGUUGGCUCUGCACCCGGGGAGGGAGGGAGUCAGCAGCACCACUCGUCUGCCAUCCUGAGGCGAAGCGCACGUGUCUACAAAAGCUGCUAAGGACCUUCUAGAACACACACAGGGCCUUACUUCACGUUGCCUUCUUCUCUACCCACAUGGCCCCAAGAGGAGGAAGUUGGUGGCUGCCUUCCUGCCUCAUCCCUUUGGGCCCAGCCUUCUCCAGGUGCACACAGAUCUCAUGCAAUACUGUGCUGGACCCUGGCUGGCAGCGAGAGAGGGAAUGAUUUAGAGGGGAGAAAGGUGGUGGCCCCACUGUGGGGAAACACGAUGUUUGGAAACUGGCUUUUUCACCUCUCAGACAGUGGUGCAGGGCCAAACAGUUUUGCACAUGAUGCACCAAACAGCCAGGACUGCCGGCCACGGAGAGCCUGCUUUUGGUACUAUGGAACUUGACUGUGGGGACGUGUCCCUGCGUCCUAUCUGCCUUCCCCAGGAGCAGCCCCGCCUCACCGAAUCUGUCUUCCAGGAGCUGCCCCAGGGCGAGUGCUGGCCAGCCCUGUCCCAAGUCACCCUCUGUGUCGUGUAUGCAAGGAAGCCAGGACCCAGGUUUUCUUGAUCUGGGUUUUAACUUUGUUUUUAUUGCACCCAACAAGAAUACAAGUUAUCUGAUUGUUCUUCAAUUAUGUUAUUUUAAUAAAAUAAAUUAAAUCUAAGUUUGAUGGCUGUUAACUCCCUUUGAAGCAAGACAGACUCCCACUGCAGUUUUGCUUCCUUUCUUCUGCAGCAGAGUUCAAGGCAGUGGACUUCGUCUAGCCUAACUGUAAAGAGCAAAAAGGAACUCUAAAAGUCAGAUAAGAGAGCUUCUACCCACACUUCAAGUAAUGCACUUUAUGAAACAUUUGGUAAUUAUAGGUUUUUACAAAAAUAAAUUCAGGUUUGGAAAAAUUGGUCUGACUUGUAUGGUCACAUGAAGUCUUCAGUUAAAAUCAAACUGAUCUCAGAAGAUUCAAGAUUGGAAAAUGCUUUCAGUGAGCUAAAGUCUUUACAAAUCAUCACCUAAACCAGGCUUUCCAGGCAAGAUGGGAUAGCCUUGAGUAUUAGCAAUAUGGACUUAAGAGCCCUCAGAAUGACAAUGGUGGACAUGAGCUCCCAGGAGGGCAGGGGACCUAUUUCCCAGGCAGAAGAUGGAGCUCUCCUUAUUGCUGUACACACAGCAGCAUGCCCACAGCUUGGGCCUGGAGCACUGGAGGAACUCAGUUCAGCAUGGAGUCUGUAUCAGUUGUUCAAACACAGCAUUCUGAUCUGUUUAGUGCAUGAGAGUGAUUCACUGGAGAGUAAUCCUUUUGCAGGUCUGUAGAAUCCUUUGGUAAGAAAUAAGAAUAGCGAAUCUGCUGCUUUAGUUACCAGUUUACUGUUUGCAAGGAGAAAACAUCAAAAAGCCAGGUUGCCCUAAAAUCAAAGCAGUCCAGACAGUUGACCGCUCAAGGGGCUGCAGGUGCAGCUAAGAUAUCAGCUAUAAAAACAGUGACUGUAUAUGCUUAGUAGCUUAUUUUAUAUCUUCCUUAUGUCCCUGGACUGUCACACUGGAGUGGUAAGAUCAAAAGCAACGAUCAUCUGCUCAACUCCAGUUGGUGGGCUACAUGUGGCGGCAACCUGGCAGAGGUGGGGCUACCGGUG